ACAUAAAAUCAUUAGUUGUCAAUCUACGAGUGACGUGAUUGUUGUCUUGAUAAAAAAGAGUUUGAAUAGACUUUGUUUUACGCACAUUUAUUGUUCUCAUAACGUUUAUUUGUAUUUGUCAGUUUAUUUAUAAAGAAAAGAGUGAGCAUUGUAAGUUUAUUUUUACUUGUGUAACUAUGGUUAACGUUAGUAUGACUUUGUCAUUUGCUUGCAUUUUGCGUACGACGCCAUUUUGUGAUCGCGAACAUUCUUUGUUCUUUGUCUUCCAGAUUUCGAGUUAACGCCUUCCCACAAAGAAAUCAGUUUAAGUUUAAAUAUUAUUUCAACAAGCCCUCUAUCAUUGUUACAGAUUCAAAAUGCAGAUUUUUGUGAAAACUUUGACUGGUAAAACAAUUACUUUAGAAGUUGAGCCUUCGGACACUAUCGAGAACGUUAAAGCGAAGAUCCAAGACAAAGAAGGUAUUCCCCCAGAUCAGCAGCGUCUGAUCUUCGCAGGAAAGCAGCUGGAAGACGGCCGCACCUUGUCUGACUACAACAUUCAAAAAGAAUCUACACUACAUCUUGUUUUGCGUCUACGCGGAGGUAUGCAGAUUUUUGUCAAAACUCUUACGGGAAAAACUAUUACACUUGAAGUUGAGCCUUCCGAUACCAUUGAGAAUGUUAAAGCCAAAAUUCAAGACAAGGAAGGCAUCCCCCCAGACCAGCAGAGGUUGAUAUUCGCAGGCAAACAGCUUGAGGAUGGCCGCACCCUCUCUGACUACAAUAUUCAAAAAGAAUCUACUCUCCAUCUUGUACUGCGUCUCCGUGGUGGUAUGCAGAUCUUCGUUAAAACCCUUACUGGCAAAACCAUCACCCUUGAGGUUGAGCCUUCCGACACUAUUGAGAAUGUUAAAGCCAAGAUCCAAGACAAGGAAGGUAUUCCCCCAGACCAACAGCGUCUGAUCUUUGCUGGCAAGCAGCUUGAGGACGGCCGUACACUGUCAGACUACAAUAUACAAAAGGAAUCAACCCUUCAUCUUGUUCUACGUCUCCGUGGUGGUAUGCAGAUCUUCGUUAAAACCCUUACUGGCAAGACUAUCACCCUUGAGGUUGAACCUUCUGACACUAUUGAGAAUGUUAAAGCCAAGAUCCAAGACAAGGAAGGUAUUCCCCCAGACCAGCAGCGUCUGAUCUUUGCUGGCAAACAGCUUGAGGAUGGCCGCACCCUCUCUGACUACAAUAUUCAAAAAGAAUCUACUCUCCAUCUUGUACUGCGUCUCCGUGGUGGUAUGCAGAUCUUCGUUAAAACCCUGACUGGCAAGACCAUCACCCUUGAGGUUGAACCUUCUGACACUAUUGAGAAUGUUAAAGCAAAGAUCCAAGACAAGGAAGGUAUUCCCCCAGACCAGCAGAGGUUGAUAUUCGCAGGUAAACAGCUUGAGGAUGGCCGCACCCUCUCUGACUACAAUAUUCAAAAAGAAUCUACUCUCCAUCUUGUACUGCGUCUUCGUGGUGGUAUGCAGAUCUUCGUUAAAACCCUGACUGGCAAGACCAUCACUCUUGAGGUUGAACCCUCGGACACUAUUGAGAAUGUUAAAGCCAAAAUCCAAGACAAGGAGGGUAUCCCCCCAGACCAACAGCGUCUGAUUUUUGCUGGCAAGCAGCUUGAGGAUGGCCGCACCCUCUCCGAUUACAAUAUUCAAAAAGAAUCUACUUUACACUUGGUCCUGCGUCUUCGCGGUGGCCAAUAAAUGACUUAAAAUAUCUUUCAGUUCCAAUGCUUUAAUGUUAUUUCAUUCUUAAUGUAUCUUCCUUUCAGACUUUCCAUAAUUGUAAUCAUUCCACUUAUGCUGAAGAAAUAAAUACAUAGAUUGAUUGUAGACACUAUCACCUACUUUUUUAUUAUUUUCC